CGUCUGUGUGUCAGCCCGGUUCAGUCCGUUGUCGGUCGCUAUCGUAGACGCACGUGUGUGCCAGUUUGUCGGAUUUUUUGCCGCCUUUACGAUAACCGAGGAGGUUUUUAAAACUUUUUUCGAGUGUCGGGUGCAGUGUGUGCAAUAAUGACAAAGUUUUGUGUUGACGUACCGUGAUUUUUGGAGUUUUUGAGUUUUGUUUUCUGUGUUGUUGGCAGAAGAAGUCACGUCACAAGUGGAUUUUCAAGUUAACCGGCGUUUUGUUUAACUGAACUCAAACAAUGCGUGCAUCGUUCACACUAUUCAGUGUGUGUUUGUACGCGUUGUUGUCGAGCGGCACAUCUAGUGGCGAUGACAAGAGAUGGCUGAUGUCUCUCGUCGAUCUCGUCGAGCUGGACUAUGAAGAUAACUGCGAGCAGAGAGCAACUGCCAGCUGGAAUGAACUGAUCGGUGCUCCGAAAGGGCUGGCUAAGAAGUUGGAGCGCGACAAAGCGUUUGGAAUACUUUCAAGGCAGCAAACGGCCGAAGUAAAGAGCGCAGUAAGUCCUAAAGCGCUGGCGUCUGACGACUUACUAAAGAGGAGAGUUAAACUUCUUCUGCAACCGGGCGACACUUUACUGGAGCCGGAACAAUGGAUAAGGCUCGUAACCUUUGGUAAUAUGGCGUUGCAUAAACUGCGAUUUGCAACAGAUUACUAUUGUGAAACUCCGACUAAUUGCACUUUAAAAGAAUUAAAUAGAAACAUGGCAAAGCAGCACGAUGCAGACGUUUUACUUCGUAUGAAAAAUUCAUGGGAACAAAAACUUCCAAACCAAAAGGAAUAUCUGGAUCAUAUUCUACCAUUGCUAACAAAUGCUUCGAAAGAAAAUGGUUAUAAAACAGUUGAAGAAUAUUGGGAUUCUUUAGCUGAAUAUGAAGGUGCACUUUUAAAAGUUCGGGAAAUCUAUGAUUAUAUCAAUCCUUUGUAUGUGAAACUACAUAAAUAUAUAGCUUUGAGACUAAAAGGAGCAGACGCUGUUGGAAAACCAUUGCCUGUUCAUUUAUUGAAAUCAUUGAAUGGAGAUGACUGGUCUAAUAUUAUCGAGAAUCUGUUGCCUGAACGUGCUGAUAUUUAUCAGAAACUUCACGUAAACUUAAGACUUAUGGAACUUGGAGGCUUAAAUGCAUUCAAACAAGCAGAGAAUUUAUUAAAAUUCCUAGAAAUUGGUGGGAUUGAACCGGAAAUUUUCUCAGAAUCAUACUAUAACAGUUCAUGUCCGACGAGUAUUGUAGAUUCGUGUAAACCCAACAAAUUAAGAUUCGUUACGUGCGGAGAUGUUAGUCUAGUGAAUUAUGUUGAAGCUCAUGAGGCAGUUGCUAAGCUGAAAUAUAAGAUUACAUCUGCUUUACAUAGUAACAAUACGUAUGUAUUAAGAGAAGCUACACGAUAUUCAGCAAUUUACGAAGCGAUUCCAGGAUUUAUAUCCCUGUUAUCUUUAAAUCCCCACACUUUAGAUAGAGCCAAGUUAUAUCCGUUGGAGAGAUUUAAUUAUAAUCCUAACUAUCAUCGACUAGUGCUACAGUUAAUAAUUGCGCUCAGAGAUUUGCCAAAGUUAAAUUAUUACAUUGCCGCCGAUGAGUGGCGACUGAAACUUUUAAUGGGUACUAUUCCAUCUUCGAAGGUUGGAGAGAGUUGGAAAGAAUUCCGGGCAAACUUUUCAAUGCUGGAAACAUCUAACAAAGACAUUUUGGGAGAUCCUUAUGUUUUAUUUAACAAACCAUUGGUCGGAAAAUUCAUGGGAAUAAUAUUAAAAUAUCAAAUCUAUCAAUCUUACGCUGAAGAACUCAUAUCAGAUGAUUACGAUUUAGUCAAGCACGUAACGGAAAAGAACGAACGGCUAAUUGAACCAAUGAUUAGAGGAUUCAGUGCUAAAUGGCCAGAAAUGGUUAGCGAUCUAUUAGCAAAAAGGGAAAACAGCUUGGAAUAUACCGGACUUACAGAUUAUUUUAGACUACUGGAUGAAUAUUUAGAUAACCAAUUAGAUCCAUCAACAGAUAACAAUGAUAUAGUCGAAUACGUAGAUCCUCCCGAAUCAGACAUUAGCCAAGAAAAGGUUCCCGAUGAAAAUGAUAUACCAAUUAAUCAGAAUAACAUAGAUCUUAAACAAACGCCAGAAGAUACACACGGUAAUAUAAUGGACAACGUCAUAGAUACUGGUGGCGAUUCACAUAAUAAAUUUAGCUUUGAAACAUCGACAGUCGGCGUACUAGAAAUUAAAAACCCAGUAGCGACUGGAGAACAUAAUGAAGAAACAAGCCCUAAAGAAGCAUCUUACAAUACAUAUUGGUGGAUAGGUAUAGGUGUGGCGUUAGUAGUUGUAAUAGCGCUCGUGGCAAUCAUAGCAAGAAAACGUCAUAGUCAUAGAAAACAACUUGAAAGACAGAGAAGAGAUAAUACGGUUGCCUGAUUUGAGGAAUAUCGGUUCUAGAUUUGGAACCGAUAUAAAGACUACAUUAGCUAAAUAGUGUGAAUCGAUUGAAGUGUGCGUGCGUAUACAAUAGUUUGGUGAACUUGGUUUUAAUGUUGUUUUCUCGUUAUUGUGAAUAUGUUUGGUUUGUGUUAUCGUUUGUAUGAAUGUAAAAUAAAUUAUUAUUUUAUAUCUGUGGUGCUGUAACGUUUAAAUCUAUCGAAUCAUUUUACAUCUAAAUUGAGUUUAAUGUGUCUACGGUACAGUAAGUGGGUUUUGUAAUAUAGAUAGUAAAAUGAAUGAAAAUAUUUUUGUACAUAUCACAAUUCGUGACGUAGUAUGAUCGAUGUUACCCACAUAUAUUAUAGGCAGUAUGUCUAUAGUUGUAAAUUCUAGUUAGAUGUAAUUUCGCUGUGCCUUAAGCGUUUCAAUUUCAUAUAAGUUACAUUAUAAAAUACUAUACGAGAACAAAUUUGUAAUAAAUCUUAGCGUAAUUUUAUAGAUAUUUCUAUUUUUUCUGCUAUAACAAAUUUCAGACCAAAACUACAUCGAUUUUAAGGAUUUGUUUAAGUAAUAAGUAUUUCAAUGAAUGUUGUAAUAAUCUUCGAUAUGAAACUCUAUUAUAUGCAUGUCUUGUAAUUUACUGUUAUAACUCUCUAUUACUUUAAACAAUUUAUGUUACAUUUCCGAAAAUUUUAUCUUAUGCCCGGUGUACUUGGUUAAAAAAG